AGCGCAUCAUUUGGGUCUUCCCUAAGCCCUGAAUCUGACGGGGGCGUUAGGGUUUUGCAGUCACUCACAGCUGGGGAGGUUCGCGGGCUUUAGCGACUCAAUAGUUUGGUGCUCAUCGACCUUUCUCCCUAACUUUCCAUGGAUUCCUCGUCUCUCAACUCCCCGGAGCUGAUGAAUUUUAUCAAUGAAGAGAAGCAAAGAGCAAUGGUUGCUGAGAUGGUGGCUAAGCUUACCAGUGUGUGUUGGGACAAGUGUAUCACUGGUACGCCAGGGAGUAAGUUCAGUUCUAGUGAAUCCAACUGUCUAUCAAACUGUGCCCAACGCUAUAUGGAUAUGAGCAUCAUCAUUAUGAAGCGAUUCCAAAACAGUUAAUGGAUCUCAACUCGGGAGGCUUGAGUGUAUUUUCUUGGUGGAUCUAUUGUUCAAAUCCAACCGAAAGGAAAAGGUUCCGAACUUCUUGAAAUAUUGUUCAUUUUUUGAAGUUGAAAUAUUUUACAUUUGAUGAGAGAGAAGUACUGGAUUGAAAUGGGUAGCCUGUUGUAGUUUUAUUAUUAAUUUUCAAUUAUAAAGAAUGAAAGUUCAUAUAAUUUUGGUUGCCUUAAAA